AACAACAAGACCGGCGCGCGCGGCCGGCGCAGCGGCUCUCGUCCCCGCCCUCCUGCCACCUGCAGCCGCCUCUGCCGCGCCUGGCCUGGCGGUGCUCUGUCCACCCUUGCCCAGCCCGAAGGGUCAGGCGGAGACUCAGGCCGCGCCCUUUGGCCAACUUCUCUCUACUUCCACCCGCGCCGCCUCGCGAGACGCAGGGUCGGGCUGUAGCUGCCGCCGUCGCCGCCGAAUAGCAGGAAGGGAGCGGCCGUCGCGGAGGACGCCUGGCCGGACUAUCCGUCCAGCGUACCUGCCAGGCGUAGGGGGCAGUGGUGGCGGGCCCUGUGGCCUUCAGUCAGGUACCCGUCCGCCGGCUGGCGGCCGGUUCCUUUACUAACCCGCUCAGCGAGGCCAUCGCGUAGGGGCCUUGUUGCGUUUCAGGCUGGGGGUCCCAGUGGGGCGGGUAGUGACCAGUACCGUAGGGCGCUCAUCCCGCCCUCCCUUCUCAUCGCUUUCUUUUUCUUUCUUCUCCCCCACCUCACUCCACAGUCCGGAGUCAGGCGGAGCCCAGACCUGGCGGUGAAACCUGCAUCCGCGGCCCGGCUCCCAGACCCCGCCGCCGCCGCAGUCUCUGCCUCUGUCCAGCCUUGGUACCGGCAAUGGCCUUCGUAUCGCCCGAGGCACUUGUGAUUGUCUUGGACACGAAAUACUAAGAACUUACUCACUUCCGUCCCCCAUUCCAGUCGUGCAGGCAGAAACCAACCACCUCGGCUCACAACACUGCUGCUUCUCUUGACUGUCUGACUUUGGAAGCACCAUGGACCAAAAUGGGAUGGAAAUCCCUGUGACCCUCGUCAUUAAAGCACCGAAUCAGAAAUACAGUGACCAGACUAUUAGCUGCUUCUUGAACUGGACCGUGGGGAAACUAAAAAUGCAUCUAUCUAACGUGUACCCUAGCAAACCAUUGACAAAGGAUCAGAGAUUGGUGUAUUCGGGCAGACUGCUUCCCGAUCAUCUGCAGCUGAAAGACAUUCUCAGAAAACAAGAUGAGUAUCAUAUGGUUCAUCUAGUAUGUACUUCUCGGACUCCUCCCAGUUCUCCAAAGUCUUGCACCAGUAGAGAAAAUCGGGAAGCACUGGCAUCCAGCAGCAAUUCUAGUUCCGAUCAUUCAGGAUCAACAACUCCAUCAUCUAGUCAAGAAACCUUGUCUAUAGGUGCCAGUUCUUCCUCAGAAGGAUUGAGACAACGUACCCUUCCACAAGCACAAACUGACCCUGCAGAGAGUCAUCGGUUCCCAUAUGUCAUGCAAGGAAAUGUGGACAACCAGUUUCCUGGGCAAGCAGUUCCAGCUGGGUUUCCAGUGUAUCCUGCUUUCAGCCCACUGCAAAUUCUGUGGUGGCAACAGAUGUAUGCUCAUCAGUAUUACAUGCAAUAUCAAGCUGCAGUUUCAGCUCAGGCCACAUCAAAUGCCAACCCAGCCCAGCCUACUGCUCCACAGCCUCUAAAUUUGCCACAUGUUCCUGGAGAAGAACCCCCACCAGCUCCAAACCUAGUGGCUCAAGAAAAUCGACCCAUGAAUGAGAAUGUUCAAAUGAAUGCACAGGGAGGCCCAGUGCUAAAUGAAGAAGACUUCAAUCGAGACUGGCUAGACUGGAUGUACACGUUCUCACGAGCUGCAAUUCUCCUUAGCAUUGUAUACUUCUAUUCUUCUUUUAGUAGGUUUAUCAUGGUAAUGGGAGCCAUGCUACUGGUUUAUCUACACCAAGCUGGAUGGUUCCCUUUUAGGCAAGAAGGAGGCCAACAACAGGCUCCCAACAAUAACGCUGAAGUUAACAAUGAUGGGCAAAAUGUAAACAAUCUAGAGCUAGAAGAAAUGGAGCGUCUUAUGGAUGAUGGACUUGAAGAUGAGAGUGGAGAAGAUGCAGGUGAAGAAGCCAGUGCUGUUCAAAGGCCUGGAUUAAUGGCUUCGGCUUGGUCUUUUAUCACCACCUUCUUUACUUCACUUAUACCUGAGGGGCCUCCCCAGGUUGCCAAUUAGACCUGAAAAACUGUGCCAGCUGCAAAGGACUGUUUGACUGUAGGAAAGUGUUUUAAAUAACAGUGCAAUUUCAAAAAAAUUUAUAACUUUCUUUUGAUCAUCAUGUACAGAGGUGUUUUUUUCUUUAAGCUUCCCAUGCAUAUGAAUAUUUUAAGCACAAAUGGACUACUAAAUAUGUGAUUUUUUUUUUUUUAAGAUUCUAACAGAACAUAGUAUAACAAUAUUGAUCUUCCAGGUUUUAUUCAUUUCAAUUAUGUACAUUAUACCAAGACAGACCUAUUUGUGCGUCUUAUUUCUUUAAAGAGCUGCUUCUU